AUGCAGAAGCAGUGGCUCGAGAUCUUACUCUUUCACACUCUCAUUGAUUCAUCAUCUUUAUCACCACAAAGACUCAGAGUGAUGAACAUACUCAUAUCAAAGCAAAGAUCAGACUUGAUCCAACACAAACUCUCUCAACACACGUCCUUCUUCGGCAUCAAGCUCUGGAUCCUCAUCACAGCUUCUGCCUCUAUAGCCUUCUUCUUAGUUCUGAUCAUUUCUAUCUUCCUCUGUUACAUCUUUCACAGGAGAAAAUGUAGACAAGAACCAUUCAGACUAAGAUCAAAGCUUUGCCUCCCUUUGUCACACAUUCCCUUAAAUAACAAACGUCAGAUUCCAUACAACCGUUGCGGCGACGAUGUAGAGAGCCAGAGAAUCUCUCAGGCUGGUUGGUCCUCUGCUCGUCUUUCCACCUACAUCCACAGCUUCUCCUCUACCGGAAGCUUUGGAAGCUUCAAUGUGUUUACGUUCAUGGAGAUCAAGAAUGUGACAGAUGGUUUUGCAGAAUACAAUCUGAUUGCUAGAGGAGAUUCUUCAACAGUGUAUCGUGGAGUCUUGAUGGGGACAGUCACUGUUGCUGUCAAACGUUUCUUCCCCAUCCAUCAAAGGUACGAAGAUAAAGAUUUCAUAACAAGAGCUGAGAUGAUUGCAAAUGUUAGACACAAGAAUGUGGUGAGACUCCUUGGGUACUGCAUUGAAGGAGAUGAGAGGGUUCUUGUUUACGAAUACGCUGAGAAAGGUGAUUUGCACCAAUGGCUUCAUGGAUCUGCUGGGAGAAAUCGGCCUCUUACCUGGAGAAAGAGAAUGAAGAUCAUUCAAGGAGUAGCAAAAGGGAUUGCGUAUGUUCACGAGGACAUCGAACCAAAGAUCACUCAUCAAGACAUAAGACCAAGCAAGAUUCUUCUUGAUUAUCAAUGGAACCCUAAGAUACUUGAUGUUGGAUUCAUCGGUCACAGUGAGAUUCCAACUUUUGUUCCUUCACCUGGUAAUCUUGAUGAGAAAAUCGAUGUCCAUUGCUUCGGGACUUUGAUAAUGGAGCUUGUCUCUGGGAGAGUCUCUGUAGACCAAAGCUUACCACAUGUUUAUCUAGUGGACUGGAUCAAAGAGAUGGUGGCAAAUCAUAUGAUAGUAGAUGUUCUUGAUCCUACCCUGCCUGAAUUUCCUACAAUGAAAGAACUCAAACGGAUUGUGUUGAUUGCCUUGCGUUGUGUUGAUCCUGAGAUAGAAGAAAGACCGAAAAUGGGAGAUGUGAUUCACAUGCUCCAACCACAUGACUUGCUACUGAGUAACAAUGCAAUACAGACACCUCAUAAGAUCAUCAGGUCACACGAGGUUUCCGCGAUCAGUAUCAGACAAUGAAUCAAUAAAGUAAAAAACAUGACGGCUACUUUAGGAUCUUAUGCUGUGCAUUUUUUACA